AUUCUUCUUCAGAUAAUGAACCUGAUGAUAAUGCAUCUCUAGGUUCUUUGUUUGCUUAUGAAAAUAAUAAUACCAAUACACAUUGUCCAACUUCUUUAUCGAUACACAAUCAUGAUAAUUUUAAUACAUCUUUACUGACACAUAAUGAUGAUAAUAUUAAUACGCCUCUUUUGCCAACAAACAAUGAUGAUAUUACUAUAUUUCAAGUUUCUUCCUCAGCAGAUAAUCUAACUUCGAAACAGCUGGCACAAUUUCAACAAUUUAAUAAUGAAAAAGUAAAGUUGACAAGAGUAGAUGAAGAGGAUAAUUUAACUUCAACAUCUACUAAUAUUAUAUUGAAUAAACCUGUAUCAAAACUCUCUGAAAUUGAUCAA